UUAUAUAUAGACGGAAAUGAUUCAACUAAACGUGUGUUUAAACGUAGAACAUGAUAUGUAUAAAAAACACAAUAAAAUUAUAAUUAAAAAGCCGCUGGAUAAACUAAGAUAUAAAAUUGUAUGCGAAGACAAUUAUAUGCCAUCCCUACGAGUUUGCAACGAAAUAAAUCACUUACUGUAGUCAGGAACACAAACAGUUACACCAGUCGCAACAUAUGCAAAUCUGCAUGAUGGUAAAAAAGAUAUUAAACAUGGACGAAGGAUGGGACACUCGUCGAUUAAGUAAGGAGGAAUGGAUCCAGUCGAGGGAGGACUUGAUGCGUUUAAUUAAGGAAGAACUGUCGCGUAAUCUCGAAUUCCACGAAGUGGCCAUAAUCAUGUUUGCAAAAUCGUGUCACAUUUGUCAUCAACAAGCGAAUCUGCAAAUGUGCAUGUCGUGCUAUUCCAUUAACUAUUGCAAUGAUCAUGCGGAAGAAUUUCAAAGCGUCCAUAGUUCCAAUUGCCACAACCAACGGUUAUCUUUUAGUCUAGACAUCACAUCGAUAAACAACUUUUCAAGGUUAUUAAAAUUCAAUCUUUUAUUCGAUACGUAUGAAUCACUUAUUGAUAUGCAUUCGUUUGUUGAAAAAUAUCUAAAAACAGGACCUUAUAAGGAAUUAAACGAUACUUUAUUUGCUUAUAAAUAUACAUAUUCUGAAUUCGCAUCAGGACCGCUAACACUAUAUCAUGGACUGCGGAACACAAUAUUAUUUGAUUCUUUAGAUAUAUACGAUAGUAACUACGUUAUUCAUGUAAUAAGCGUAAACUAUUGUGAUAGAGAACUUUUCUCAUCUUGGGAGCUUUUCCUGCAUCUUUUAAACCAUAUACAGCAUUUAACAAUUGUAAUGAUAGAAGUGUUAUUUGGUACAAGAAAUUUUAAUAUCGACGUUUGUAGUCAGUGCAGAGAACGUAACCGAAUAAUUACCAUUGAAUGUUAUUCUAUAUCGUAUUACAGUUAUGUGCUCUCUAAUUCAUAUAAGCGACCAAAUGUGAUUAUAGGAUUUCAAGCAAAUUUUAAUAAUAAGCCUACAUGGCCGGAAACGAUUUUAGAAUUACGUGAGCAAAAUUGUCCCUUGUUUAUAACAUUUGCAACCAUGUUUAAAGCUCAACAAUGUAUAGGUAAAUUGUAUACAGUUUUAAAUAUACCAUUAGUUCCUUUAUACUUAGGCGAAAAUAAAUUUCAUUCCUUAGCACCAUGUAGAAUCGUCGGGCGUGAUAAUGUGGUUUAUCGUAAUAAGUAUUUAGCUAUCUUUAAGAAUUUAUAUUAAUUAUUCGAACACAUGCAAAUCACUUGAAGCUAUCAUAAUUACUUGUAAUACCACUUUAUCAUCUUUGCAAAUCAUAUGUUAGAUUGUGCACAAUUUGUAUGAAACUGCGAGAAUGCCUAUGUGUAUAUGUGUAUGCGCGCGUACGCAUACACACGAUUUUAACAUACGUAUAAAA